UCUUCGAUCCUAAAUCUCGAGUCUCACGCACUCAAGCUUAAUGCGUAUUAUCUCCGCCCUCUCUUCUAUCCGAAAGAAUGAAAGGAGAAAAAGGAAAAGUCUAAAAAAGAUUCAAGCUCCCUUCUAAUUUCGUGCGCAAUAGAUCUUAGCGAGUGAGUUUCAAGGAAUUUUGUGAGCGUUUGAUCGACAAGCAAUGAUUAUUCAUGAUUUUUAGUUGUAUAGUGAUUAACAGUUCCUAUGAGCCCAAUAUAUGCCAUGAAGUCAAAGAUUAUUACCAACAGCUGAAAUGAGAUGCAAUGCGUGUUGGCGAGAGCUGGAAGGGCGAGCCAUUUCCACCACAUGUGGUCACCUUCUGUGCACGGAUGAUGCUAGCAAGAUCCUCAGUAACGAUGGAGCAUGUCCCAUUUGUGACCAAGUGCUCUCUAAGAGUCUUAUGAAACCUGUGGAUAUCAAUCCAAACGAUGAAUGGAUAAAUAUGGCCAUGGCUGGAAUAUCUCCACAGAUAUUGAUGAAGAGUGCAUACAGAAGUGUGAUGUUCUACAUCGGGCAAAAGGAAGUGGAAAUGCAGUUCAAGAUGAACAGAAUAGUUGCUCAAUGCCGGCAGAAAUGUGAAGCAAUGCAAGAAAAGUUCACAGAAAAACUGGAGCAGGUGCAUACUGCAUACCAAAAAAUGGCCAAGAGGUGCCAAAUGAUGGAGCAAGAGAUUGAGAGCUUGUCAAAGGAUAAGCAGGAGCUCCAGGAAAAGUUCUCAGAGAAAUCCAGGCAGAAGAGAAAGCUAGAUGAAAUGUAUGAUCAAUUGAGAAGCGAGUAUGAGUCAACGAAACGAUCGGCCAUCCAGCCUGCUGGCAACUUUUAUCCAAGAAAUGAACCUGAUUUGUUCGCUAGCCCUGCUAACAUAUUGGAUAACAGAGACGCCGUCAGAAAAGGUUGGCCGCUUUUCACUCCUGACACUCCAGGGCCUAGAGAGGAUGUGUGGCCAGCGAGACAGAAUAGCUCAAACUCUGGCCCCUUUGAUAUCUCUGUUGGCUCACCAGCAAAACAACCAGCCAUCCCAACUGAUGCCGGUAACAGAAGGGUUAGUUCUCAAGCUGUUUUUGGAGCUGGAGCAAGUAACCCCUCAACGACUUUGAGGAACUUGAUACUCUCCCCAAUUAAGAGGCCUCAGCUCUCUCGUAACCGCCCUGAUCACAUGUUUACGUUUUAGGCCUGAAGUUGAGGGUUUUCCAUUUGAAAGAUUUGGGGAUGUUUGAUGCAUUGUCCUCACUUCAAACCCAAAAAGGAAAAAACACAAAAGGUUGAUGCAAAUCUCUCAAGGACCAUGAACCAGAAGUCCUGUUGAAGUUCUGAUCAGCCGAGCUUACAUUUUUUGGGCGAAUCAGCUGCCAACUAAGAAUUACAAAGACAAGAGUAGAAAUACAUGGAAAUAUUAUUGUAAUUACCCAUUUGUUGGAUGGUAGGAAUCUGAAAGUUUACUGAGCCAUCUUCUUGCCAAGCCCUGCUAAGAGAUAAUAUAAGAUCACGUGUGUAAAUAACUGAUAAUUACAAUUUGCUUAAACUUCAAAUAUUUGGGAGAGUCUGCGCGCCAAAGGGCAAUGAGCCAAUCUUGAGAAAUCUA